GCAGUCGGAGCAGCAAGUUUCAAGUUAUUCAAUCGUUUUCGCGAGUAAAAUUCGUAUAAAUCGCGUAGAUUCCAGUCGAAAUGUCUGGCUUUUCGACCGCCGCCGGUUUGCUGGCCUCGCGAUGCUUGGUAAGCCCACUGCAGCACCAAACGGUGGCGUCGCAAACGCUGCUCCAGUACACCGCCGUCCGAUUCCGCCGGAAGCCUCGCUGGCUGGGCACGGCCAAGAGCAAACUGUUCCGCGUCCCGGAACGGCGCCAGCAGAUCGAGGAGGAAAGGGUCGAGCUGAUGCGGCUGCACAACAACUAUCACACCCAGAUGAAGGCGGUCCGCCGGUUCCUGAUCGACGAGGUCGAGGCGUUUAAGCUGGUGUCCCGCGCCGGUAUGGUCAUUCAAACGCCGGAGGAGGCCGAGGCCGAGUGGGAGGAGGUGCAGCGGAUCAACGAGGAGUGGAAUAAGAGCGUGGCGGAGGUGCGCGAGAAACGGUUGGACGAGGAACGUGAGCAGAGGAAGACGUUCAUUUUGGAGCGGUUGGUGGCGAAGGAGGCACGGGACCAGGAACGGCAGGAACGGGUUGAGGCGCGUGUGCGAGCGGAGAAGGAACAGGGCAAGACGUUCAUCACGCGGGACAACAUCGAUCAGGCUAUUGAGCGGGCGCUGGUGCAACCGACCAGCUACAAUUUUGCCAUCGAUUCCAACGGAAAUCUUCACCGUCAGGACGAUGAAGUGCAAAGUCAGGAAGCGAAAAGCCCUUGAGAGGGGAACGCAUUGUAGACGCGUUAGUAUCAACAACACUGAAUAAAUAGAACCACUUGUCUGUAAAUCA